UAUAAUGAACCCGAAAAACAAAUCAUCAACAAUCAUUUCGAAAAACGUCGAGGAGCUGCUUCCGACACUAUUCCCCAUCACAGAAGUUCGAAGUUUCGGAAAAAAGUGUCGCAGUAUCGAAAUUUCGAAAUCCUAUUUAAUCAACAGAGCUCUCGUCUCAAAUCUAGACAUCGAGCCGGACGAGCCAAUUGUGAGGAUUCGAGGAUUAUUGGCAUUUCAUCAUGAACUUCAAGAAGAUUCUCGAAAUGUGAACUUUCUAUUCACAUACGGAUGUGUCUGUUUGGAUGCUCGAGGGACUGGAAAUAAUCCUGGAAGAUUUGUCCGAAGAAGCUGCUUUCCGAAUAGUUAUCUUAGUUAUGAAAGAAACAAUACAGAAUUCCAUAUAAUUAUCAAAGCAAGAGACUUCAUUCCAUAUGGACAUGAGAUUACUAUCGAUUUUAAUGACGAUUUCUUUCCUUUGAAUUGUUCAUUAAAAUGUACUGUGCACUUGGAGGAUUCUGAGAAUUGUCGACGGGAAUGGAAGAGAAAGUAUAUUCAGAAUGAUGGUUAUUGGAAACCGCCGGAACUCUCUAUUUCCGCAUCUUCAAGCAGCACUUCACAAAUCGAUCCUGAACCAUCAAAAACACCAUUUAACGAAGAACAAGAGAAACUACUUAAAUCGAUUAUCAAUCAAUCAAAAAUCAUUCCGAUGAUGCCACGACACACGAAACAUCUGUGCCACGUGUUCAAGCAGGAGUUUGGAUCAGAGAAGACUGUCGAGGAGAUUGACGAUGAUCUAGGAAAAUUAAUUUCGGAUUUCACUAGUCGAGUGAUGAAAUCGAAUAUUGUAUUGAAUGAUGAUCGUCUGAUGAAUGCAAUAACAUUACGCAAUGUUUUGUAUGUGACAAGUGUAUCAGUUGAAGAGAAUGUACUAGAAUGGCUCCACGACGCUGGUGUCAAUGUGUUUCUGAACAAGAAUCGACAGUUAUUUUUGAUGAAAUAUUCGAAGACAGACAAGAGUCCGUUGAAUGUACACAGUUUGGAUCGAAAAACCAAAGACUAUGAGCUGUAUUUGAAGGAACAGAUGACGAAACUUCUUGCAGGGAUGCCUGAUGAAUCUGGAAGAGAAACCAGCCAAGCAGCAAAUGAAGUAGAAGUUCAGGCAGCGAUGGAGAACGUGGAAGAAGGAGAAAUUGUCCCAGAGAGCGGAAAUCGCGUGUUCUCACCAUUGCCACCACCGCCACCUCCACCUCUGGAAAUGUCAAGAGAAUCAUCGCCGAUUAGCUCAGUUUCAGGAAAAUCCAUUAAACUUCUCACACUUCAACUAAAGGAAACUAUGCAUAAGAAGAAUUCUUUUUUUCAUUCCAGUUAUGUUAAGAAGGAAGAAACGGGAAUUAUCAAUGGAGAGUCGAUACAAGUUACGAAAAAAGCUGAAUCAUCUCAAUUUUCGGAUUCCUCUCCAAUUCUUCUAGUAAAUCCACACGUUCACACAGAAGCGCCGGAACCAACUCCAAAAGAGCAUAUGGAGAGAAAAUGGAGCACCACCCAUUCUGGAAGCAUGGGUGAGCUCCAGAGACCUGUGACGUCACAAAGUUCCAGAAAAUCGAGUCGCUGGGAUGUCACUGAAGAGGAUUUGAAACGAAAACUUUCCGCCACGUCAUCCACCCACAAUCCGAGAGAACGUGCUUCCGUGGAACUGGAAACCCGACAAUCCGAAGAGAUACAAAAACUUCAGCGACUUGUGAACGUGAUAAAGCCUCGUGAUGAUUCUCUGGAGGGCACCUCGAAUUUGGAUGCUGCAAAUCGAGAAAUUCCAAUUGAAGCAUCGAGCACAGCGCCGCUCCUUUCGAGAAGUUUUCAAUUUUGGCGGGAACGCUCAAAAUCUCCUGAUGAUUCUGCUCAAAAUCACUCGGAUUUGCACGGAACUUCAUUGAAAAGCCGUCCAGAUGCUCAGAAAAAUCCAAUUCCGCAAGCAGUAGCUAAAACGAUGUUGAAAUUUCCAGUUUCUACUCUAGACCGGCCGGUUAAUACAAAAAAAUCGAUGGCAUUUGGACAAGAAGCUCAAAUCAUGCCGAAAAGUUCAGUUUUCGUUAAUAAUGCGGUGAAAAUCCCACAAAAAUUUGUCAUAGUGAAGGAAGCUAGCUCUGAUAAUCCAAAUGCGGCGGAAAAUCCAGUUUCUACUCAAAAUACCGUGGAUUUGCACGAUAUUCCAUCGAAAACCCCGCAACAGAAGGUUACGUCGGAGAAUAGAGGCUCAGGUGCUCCAAAUUCGUCAGAAGAUCAGCAAAAGCUCGACGAAAUAGCGCCAACAACUCAAAUUUUACCGGAAGAUCCAGUUUCUGUUCAAAGUCGCUCGGAUGUGUGCGAAGUUACAGCAGAAACUUCUCAAAAAUCGGUUGGACCGGAGAGAAUUGGCGGAGAUGCUCAAAGUUCAUCGGAAAAUACAGUUUCUGUUCGAAAUCGCGUGGAUUUGCACGGAAUCCCUUCGAAAACUCCACAAAAAUUGGUUCAGUCAGGAAAAAGUGCUCAAAGUUCGACGGAAAAUCAACAACAGAUUGAAAUGACACCAGAAGCUCGAAUUUUAUCAAAAAAUCCAAUUUCGGCUCAAUCGAAAACCCCGGUGAAAGAAGAACGUCCCGAAUCUCACAGUUUGUCGGAAAGUUUCGCUUCAACCCAGCAUCCAAUGAAAAUCUCGGAAAUAUCUGAAAAUUCCACCCAAAAUCGUUCGGAUUCGUCGAGAAUUGGGCUGCGAUCGGUGAAAUUGGAGCAAAUUCCGUCGAGAACCAUCAAAGUAGAAGAACCAACGGAUUUCCCAUCAAACUCGGAGCCAGAAGCUCAAAUUCCGCUUGAAACGAGAACUUUGGAGCCGUCCGAAGCUUCAAGUGUGCAACCGGAGCCCCCAAUCGACCAGGAAGAAGCUGAAAAUGAUGAGAAUCCAGAAAUUUUGACUCCAAACUCGCCAACAAUUGAUCAGGAUGAAGCUCAAAAUUCAGAUGCACCAGAUGCUUCCGCGGAUUCAGAUUUGCCGAAAUUGGAGCCAGAACUCGAGCGAAUGAUUGAUUUUCUCGUGGAAAUUACAGAGAAAAUCAGUGUUCCAGCGAUUAAAACAGAUAUUUGGAAAUUGUAUCAAGCAAGGAUGAAGCAGAAUGUAAAAGAGGAAUGUAUUCGUCAAAGAUUCAUGUCAAAACUGGCUCCGAUUAUACAUCGUUUGGAUAAUUAUAGCAUUGAGGCUCGAGUUCGCAUCAUUUUCGUUUUGAGUGUUAAGGUGGAUGCGGAUUUUUUGAAAGAGCUUCGCAAAAACGCCGUGGUUCGUGUUGAUGACGAGCAAUUGAUUACAAAGUAUGUGUCUUGUAAUGAUGGUGGAUUGAAGCUUGAAGGAAAUCAUUCAAUGUCGGAUAGGUUAAAGAAUCGAAAGAGAAGUUUGGAUUUGAUUAAGGAUGUCGAUUGUGAGAAGAAAGAGGCCGAGCAUGAUGUUAAAAAGACGAAAAAGAGCACUAGUGGUUCUGAGAAUGACACCGACGCAGAGGAAACGGAUUUUCAUUCGAUAACUGAACGACAACCGAAAGUUGUUGAAAAUUCUGAAAAUAGGAAGAGAGCUUCGUCAGCCAAAAGACGUCUAGUGACAAGUUCUUCUGAAGAAAGUGACCAGGAUGAUCGAUCGAGUCGAUCAAAAACUGAAAAGCAACGGAAAAUUGCAGCAAAUGAGAAAAGAUCUUCCACCGCAUCCAGAGUGCGUAUAUUGAGUGACUCAUCAGACGAAAGUAACAGAGAGGAAGGACCAAGUUGCUCGAAUUCCAAAAAGCUGACUAAAAUUUCAGGAAAUAAGAAAAACCCCGCGAUACUCCGAAAACGUUUGCUGGGAGACUCUUCCGACAAAAGUGACAAGGACGAGAGAACAAGCUGCCCAAGUUCCAAAAAACGACCAAAACUUGCUGAAAAUAAGAAAAACGCUUCCCAACCCAAAAGAUGUCUCAGUGGCUCUAAUGUGAAAAGCGACAAAAAUGAGAAAGCUGGUUGUUCGGGCACCAAAAAACAAGAAAAAGUCGUCAAAAAUAAGAAAAAACCUCCAACUCCAAAGGCCAAUGAAAAUACCACUACUUCUGAUCAUUCCAGAAUUGAAACUGAUGAUAUUCAAUUUGAAGGAGUAUAUCCAAUUGAACCCUGUGCUCCUGUAUCUUCUGGAAUGCCGAUUCUUUCUGUGAAAACUGAGCCAAGAAGCACUGAACAUUUGAGCUUCUCCUAUGAGAACGUGGCAUACACCCAAGCGGAAUUCUCUUCGACGACCUACGCAUGUCCAGAACCAACAGAGACAAUCAGCCUUCACGAUUUUUUGACACUUUUACGUCGCCUUCUUAUUCUGUUGCAAUGCGAAGAGCUCGCGGAGCUCGCAAGAAAUAUCAAGACAAUUAGCGAAACUGGAGGCGAUGAAAAAAUUCCAACGAAUCGAAUCAAUUCGGUGCUCGACGUGGCAUUCUACAAAAUUCAGCGAAAAUUCGUCGUGACGUCAUCUCCCAAUUCGACGAGCGCCCGAGAAUUCCUGAAACUUUUCAAGAAUCUCCUAAAUUUGUUGGAAUCUCGAGCAGUCGACAUGCUCUUGGGCCAAGUUUCAGGGAAAUUGUCGGAGUUGGAGCAUGUGGAUAUGAAUCUUUCAAUUGCCUAUAUCGAAGAAUGUGUCAGGGCAAUUCUCUCCAUCUUCUCAUAAUUUGAAUAUACUGUAACAUUUUUUUUUUUCAAAAAACAAAUCUGAAUUUUGUUUUCUGAAACCGUAUUUUUUGUUUCCCUCCUGUUCCCUUGUUUUGUUAUAUUCUAAUUUUUUUUCGAAUAAAUCCACUGAAUGU